AUGACCAGCAGGUUCGAAGAACUGAAAGAAUUAAUCGAAGGGUCCAAGGGUAGAGGUAAGGAACGAAGGUGCACCUAUAAGGAUUUUAUGGCAUGCCAUCCGACGACGUAUGACGGUAAAAUAGAUCCCGUUGAAUGUCAAAGAUGGGUCUCGAAUAUAGAGGCGGUGUUUAUACGAAGUCGGUGCGAUAAGGAGGACCAAGUGAUGUUCGCUACCGGUUUACUAACCCAUCAGGCGAAAGAUUGGUGGGAUGCUCACAGCAAGGAAGUAGGCGAAGAUAGACUGCAAGUUAUGACUUGGCAAGAGUUCAAGGGGCCCUUCAUGAAAUAUCAUUGCCCUCAGUCGGCUAUCGACAAGAUUCAGGAGGAUUUCUUACGCCUCCGACAGAAAAACGAAUCAGUAAAUGAAAUAGCAAACACUUUUAUGGACAAGAUGAAAUUCUGUGGGGAUUUGGUAACCACCGAAAGGAUGAAGAUAAAUCGUUUCUAUGGUGUGCUAAAGGCAGAAAUUAGAGAGUUCAUCACCCCCUCGAAAUGUGAAACCCUCGAGGAACUCAUUAACUUAGCACGGGAUAGAGAGAUCGAGAUUAAAAGGCAAGAAGAGCGAGGUGAAAAGAGACCGAGUGAAAAAGGUGCAAGUUUUAGUCCAUCUAAAAAGGGGAAGUUUCAGGAUCAAGGAAGAAAGGGUAAGUCGAAAGGUGGAAUUACACCAUGCAAGACGUGUGGGAAGCUCCAUACCGGAGAGUGUUUGUUAGGCAAAAAGGGGUGCUUCAAAUGCGGUAAGGAGGGGCAUUCGUCUUAUCAAUGCCCGAGCAACCCAAAGACUUGUUUCAACUGUUUCGAAAGGGGGCAUAUCAAGUCUGAAUGCCCAAAGCUUCAACAAGAGUCAAAGAAAGAGGAUAAGAAGCAAGAGGGUUCUAAGGCGAAGGGGAGAAUGUUUCAAAUCACAUCAGAAGAAGCCAAAUCCCAGCCGAAUGUGGUUUCAGGUAUCUUUCUAAUAAACUCAAUACCGGUUUAUGUCUUGUUUGAUACCGGGGCCACUAUGUCGUUUAUCUCUAGUGAAAUCGUACAACAUCCUUCCUUUAAGAUUGAACGAAUGUCGAUGCCCUUAGAAGUAGAGAUAGCAGAUAGCAAAAAUUAUUUGUUGCACGAAAUAUGUAAAAAUUGUAAAUUAACCAUUGAGGAUGAGGAGUUUGCUAUUGAUCUUAUACCCAUGAUCUUGGGGGAAUUCAAAGUAAUAGUGGGUAUGGAUUGGAUGUCUCAAAACCACGCGGAGAUAAAAUGUGAAACCAAAACUAUACUUCUCCAAACUCCAGUGGAAGACGAUUAA